GGGAGAGAGAAAUUACUAAAUCUUACAUUUUAAAUAACAGAGCGUGGUCAACCCAAUGGGAACAUUUCAAUCAUAGACAGUCAACACCCAUUGAUAUCUUGACAGGUGGUAAAUUUGAAAAAAUGGGAAGCAAUAUGUGGUAUAGAUUGCCCCAUUUCUUUUCUAUAGAGUUUAAUACCAAGCACAGCCUAAAAUAAUGAGUCAAUCGUGAAAGACAAUUUCUUUUACCAGUCGUCCCAUGUCAUCUCAACUUCGGCUAUUUAUUAAGCUGCCCUUGUCCACAAGAAACUCAACCCGGGAAGUAAAAAUACAAAGAAGGAGAAAAGAACCUUUCGUAUCAUUCCCAUGGCUGCUAUACCGUUCCUUCUCCUCUUUGCAAUUUUUACAACAGCCGCAGCUCAAAAAAUUAGCCCAGGCUCUUCUCUUACACCCACCGCCAACUCCUCAUGGCUGUCUCGUUCCGGCUUGUACGCUUUUGGAUUCUACCCUCAAGCAAAUGGCUACGGUGUGGGGGUUUUCCUCAUCGGAAUCCCGCAGAAGACAGUGGUGUGGACAGCCGACCGAGACAACACCCCAGUCCCAGGCAAUGUUACCUUGCUUCUCAGCACCGACGGAAGUAUCAUUCUGCGCCCGCAACAAGAAAGCAGCAACACAUACAUCGCUAAUCCACCGGAACCAGCUUCUUCAGCUUCCAUGCUGGACUCGGGUAAUUUCGUGCUCUAUAAUUCUGGAGGCAAGAUAAUAUGGCAAAGCUUCGAUGAACCGACGGAAGCUCUCGUAGCCGGUCAGCGUCUCCUGCCAGGGCGAGAGCUAGUUUCUAGUGCUUCAGAAGACGACCACUCAAAGGGAAUCUUUCGUCUCAAGAUGCAGCAAGACGGAAACCUUGUGCAGUACCCGGUCGACACACCAGACACGGCGCCGUAUUCCUACUAUUCGACGGGUACAAUGGGAAGAGAUAAUGUGACCCUAAAUUUUAACAGGGAUGGUUUCCUCUACCUGGUCAACAGCACUGGUUUCGGUAUAGCGAAUCUAACUCGGGGAGGGUAUUCUACAAAAGAUAUCUAUCUCAUGAGAAUAGAUGUGGACGGUGUUUUCAGACUGUAUUCGCACAGUCUAGAUCAGAACAGCAACUGGUCAGUCAAAUGGGAAUCCUCGUCAAACAAGUGUGACCCCAAAGGGUUGUGUGGCCUAAAUGGAUUUUGCGUUUCAAAUGAUCAAGAAGCUGAUUGUAAGUGUCUUCCAGGCUUUGAUUUUGUUAACCAGAGCCAUUGGAGUAGGGGCUGCCAGAGAAACUUCACUGCAGAGGGCUGUGGACACGAGAGCGGAAGUAUUAAAUAUAGCAUCAAACCAGUGGACAAUACUAGAUGGGAAGAUGAUUCUUAUUCUGUUUUACCAUUGGUAACCAGAGAAGAAUGUGAAGAAUCUUGUCUGCUAGAUUGUAACUGUGAAGCCGCGUUGUUCAAUGACGACGGAAACUGCAGAAAGCAAAGGCUUCCUUUGAGGUACGGUAGGAGACAAUUAGAAGGUACUACAUCCACAGCCCUGAUCAAGAUGGGUGAAUCAACGCACCAUCCUCCCCCAGAAGGAAUCCUUCCUUCGCCUGUCGAAACCAAGAAAGAGCUUCGGAUGGACAUCCUGAUUAUUAUGGGUGUUCUCUUGGCCGCAUUCGCAGCUGUUUCUUUUGCACUUAUUGGAGUCCUUAUCUAUAAAAAUCAUGUGGGAGCUUAUAGAAGGACCUAUUACAAGGACAAAUACGGAUUUUGCGAGGAUGUUGCUCCGCGAUCAUUUCCUUACGAGGAACUGGAGAAAGUGAGCGGGGGCUUCAAGGAUGAGAUCGGGAAAGGAUCGUCGGCGACAGUUUACAGAGGGUUAACAUUAGAGGGACGAAAAGAAGUAGCCAUCAAGAGACUAGAGAAAGAAUUAGCUAAUGGGGAGAUAGAGUUUCAGACAGAGAUAAAAGUUAUCGGGAAAACAUAUCAUCGAAACCUUGUCCAACUGCUCGGUUACUGCCUGGAUGGACCAAAAAGGCUUCUGGUGUAUGAAUACAUGAGCAAUGGCUCUCUGGCAGAUGUACUCUUCAACCCUGCAGGAAACCGACCGAGUUGGGAAGAAAGAAUGGGAAUCGUCCGAGAUGUAGCAAGAGGUUUAUUGUAUCUCCAUGAAGAGUGUGAAACACAGAUCAUCCAUUGUGACAUUAAGCCUCAGAACGUACUCAUAGAUGAGUAUGGGCGUGCUAAAAUUUCCGACUUUGGAUUGGCAAAGUCACUGAAAGCAGACCAGACCAGAACCUUCACAGCAAUACGGGGAACUAGGGGUUAUGUGGCGCCGGAGUGGCAUCGGAAGCUGCCGGUUACGGUAAAAGUGGAUGUGUUCAGCUUUGGGGUGAUGCUGCUUGAGAUAAUAUGCUGUCGGAGGUCUGUGAAUUUUAGCCUUUCGGAUGGGGAAGCCAUUCUCGAGGAAUGGGUUUACAGUUGCUUUGAGGCGGGAGAACUGGGAAAGCUGGUUGAGGAUGAAGAGGUGGACAGGAAGCAAUUGGAGAGGAAGGUUAGGGUGGGACUUUGGUGCAUACAGGACGAACCAUCACUGCGUCCUUCAAUGAAGAAGGUUUUGCUCAUGUUGGAAGGAAGUGUAGACAUCCCAGUACCCCCAAGCCCCACUUCUUUUUUUAGUUCUGUCUGAUCUAAUUUAUGUGUUAGAGCUGAGCAGUGGUUGGGAACUAAAAUGAUUACGGGUUCCUCCGAAAAUAAUUUUAUUUUAAUAAAGUAUCCAAUGCCCCAAGCUAUUAUUCUAA